CGGGGGAAGUUGAGGCCCCCGUGGGGAAAGGGGACGCGCGGGCCGGGCAGGCCUGACCGGAAACGGCGGUCCGGGGGGCGCGUCUGGGUCCCCGGCCUGUUUCCCCUCCCUCGCCGCUCCUUCCCGCUUCCCGAGAAGCCCGGGUUCCGCUGCCGCCGCGGGCGGGCUGCGUGCGGCCUUUGAUCCGCCGGUGAUUACGGUCUGGGUCCUCGCGGGAGGCUCAUUCAUUCGACCCGGCGCGGGCGGCGGGCAGGAAGCGCGUUCGCCGGAGGGGAAAUGACUGGGCCAAGGUCAGGCACCGCGUGGCCCGCUGGACCGGGGCGGACGGGGGCCGGGCCUCAAGGCCACCUCCAGGGCUCCCGGGCGCCCAGCUGUGCUGCUUGACUACCCCAUCCCCACUCCCAGGCCCGACCGCAAGGGGGGACACCCCAGUUCGUGGAGACGGGGGUUGGGCAGGCACAGGAUGGUGGCGUCCCACGACGGAAAAGUGACCCACAGGCUCUCCCAGUGCCCGGCCCCAUGCUGGGCACCGGGACAGGGUCAAGAACAAGGUCCCGGAGCGGGCUGGCAGAGACGGGGACCUGGACACGGAGUACCCCCUCCCCCAGAGCAAUUGUGGGAAGGCCUCCCGGCACAGCCCCGUCCAGAGGCGUUCAGGAAGGGGUCACUUGGUGUGUGGCUGCCUGGUGCCGGGCUGUAUUGGGCAUGAGGACACAGUUGGGAGUCAGCCGGCCUCUGCUCUGGGGAAGCACGGUCGCUGUUGAUCCCCGCUUAUCCCGUAAGACCUAAGCCUCUUGGGCUAAAUGCAGCUGGCGUCCACCUGCCUGCUCUUGCUGCAGUUCCCUGUGGUCCUGCUCAGCCCCGAGAGCAUUGGGACCAGAUCCCCACGUUGUUAUCUCUUGUCUUAGCUUUUUCCCCUGGAAGUUUUCCAGAUCUAAUCCCCACCCGCACACCCGCUGAGCUGAGGAACGGGAGAACCCCAAGGGCUUAUCAGCAUGCCUGACCCAUGAGCAUCCGUGUGGCCUUAGAAGUGCUGGGGUCAGACAGACCUGAGUUCAGAUCCCAGCUCCAUACCUGGUACUUUGUGACCUUACAGCGUAAAUGACUCUCUCAUCUCAGUUUCUGCCUGGGUGAAGAGGAAUGGUAGUACUAGCUUUGACUUGGUAGGGAAGCUGUGAAUGCGUGUCCCCCUCCAGAGAGCUGAGUGGAAGGUUUGUAAGAAAGGCUCUGGAGCCAAGCAUUCCUAGGCCAGGCCUUGCCUCCUGUCUCUUCCAGCAUGGUGACCAUGAACCUGUCACUUCCCUCUUUCCUCAUUCCCUGUGGUGGAGAGCACAGUCCAGCAUUUUCUGGAUAAGGCUGGUCCUGUGCUGGGCCCAUGGGCAAAGUGGUCCUGGCACAGCGCUCUACCAUGGGGUGGGAGAGAAGGGUCCCUCGGUGCGCGUUUCUUGAGGAUCCCCUAUGCCAGACCCAGAGCUGGGUGACACUGGGUGGCAGGUCCUGUCCUGCAGCAGCUUGGAGGCCUGUCGGGGACACACAUACAGAAGAACCAGGGAGAGGGCUGGGGGAUUUCCCAGAACAUCCCUUCCGGGAACUGUAGGUGCCCAGAGGGAAGCUUGUCCCUGUGGGAGGUGGUGUAUCUUGUGUCUUGAAAGACAGGGAGGGAUUGGCCAAGAGGACCCUGGGGCUUGGGGGAAGGUGAUGGUGAGCUCUGGACUCGCCACUCUGGCCCGUGGCUGCAGUGACGGUAGCGGUAGUCAGUGCUGGGGACACAGCUCCCGGGGCACCUGUGCUCAGACACAUGUCAGCCUCCAGACCUUGCUCGCUUGUCCUCCAGGCUGCCCAAAGCCUCAUGUGUGCUGGGGCCUCCGGGAGCCAGCUGCAGCUUUGGCCUCUUGGUGACAGAUUAAAUUUGACGGCACUUGCUUCCUGAGCACUUCGCAGGCGCCUGGUCCUGUGUCUGGUCCUCGCUGUCCCAAGCUCUCUGAGGUCUUGGGAUGGGGUUGGUUGCUCCCAGUUCAGGGGCGUGGGAUGGAGCCCUGGGCCCCAUGGUUGCACUGGGAACACUGGCCUGCACGCGAUUCCAGAGCUUGGCCCUUCACCGUAAUGCCACGGGCUCUGAUGACUUCUUUUUUUCGGCCACGGCUGGGGUCUGGGGGAGACGGAGGUUAUCCUCAAGACCUUUUCAGUGUCUGUUAUCAGGUAGCAGGGGGUGCGUUGUCAUGAAGGGUCACUGGCUGGUUCAGGGCACCCCAAGCCCCAGCCUCUCGUUUCGGGGAUGACUCACACUGGUGGCAUCAGUGGCUUUGUCGUAGUAGCACGGAGAGCUGUGGCCUCACGACCACCGAGCAGCCAGCCACAGGAGCCUGGAUGGGUGGCCAGGGGCCCUGAGCUGCUCCCGCCGGCCACCUGGGGCCACAGGCCAAGACUGUAAUGAUGGCUGUUAAGGGAGCCAGUGCCAGGAUCCUGAGGGUGAGGAGGAAAGGAACGAUGACCUUGGCGGCUGGCCGACCUGGCUGGAGUCUGGUGCCUCUACUUGGUGGCUGGCUCUCUGAACUUGUGUGAACCCCAGCUUCAACAGUUUCUUGUCAGGGGUUGCCAGGCACAUCCUGGGCGCCUGGCUUCCGGCUGAGCGCUUCACACACGUUAACCUCUGAUCUGGACGCGGGGCCGGGAGGGUCAGGAGGCACAGAGGCCAGACCACCUUGUCCAAGGUCACAUGGCUGCGGGUGGCGGGGCUGAGUUGGACUCUGGCAGCCUGCCCGGAGAGCUUGUUCUCUCCUCUCUGACGGUGUUAUGGGCUUGGGAUUGUGAACCCAUUGCAGUGGGUAUGAGGGUCUGACGUGUAGUCUGUGCUUUGAAAAGAGAGGACACUUGAGCUGAGGGAAGGGAGAAGUCUGGACAGGCUUUCUAGGGGAGCUGCUACUUUCACUGGGGAGAUUGGGCAAGGUGGAAGGACGUAAACGCCCCCCUCAAGAAUGGGGGUCCGGCCUGAUUGAGGGGUGACAGACGGAGCGUGGCCUCUUUCCCCCCUAGAGAGUAUUUUUGUUUGUUUAAGCAAUUUUCAGUUACUUGCCCAGACGAAGGAAUGAGGAGCAUUGACGGACGUGUCUGAAGACUGGAUGCUGGGUGUUCCCGGACGGUGGCAGGUGGCCUCCGGGCUCCUGCCGCACCUGCCGCCAUAAGCGCACAGGGAGGCUCUAGAAAUUCCUGAUACCGGUUUAUCUUGGAGAUAGUGGGGAAUGGGGGCCAGGGCCUCUGGAGUUUGCCGCCUGCCUGCACCCCCGGGAGGGCCACACAGGGUUGGAGGCGGGGCCGGCUGGUGCCCCUGAGGAUAGGGGACAGCGGCCGAGGGCAAGGGUGAGGCCUAUGUGGCUGGGUGGGAGGCCGAUGGGAGAGAGCAAGCCAUGAGGUAGGCUUACUGUGAGGCAGCUGGUCAGUGAAAAGAGGAAGAAAGCGGGGCUGGGGGGCAGGGGAGCAGGAUCAGAAGGGACUGCUUUGGUCAGCUCUUUCGGUGUGCUGGGAAACCCGAACGAGGCGCAGAUUGCGUUCUGGGGAAGUGCGGCCUUCCCGGCCGACUCCGGGAAGAUGGAAGAAGUCUGAGCAGACUGCCAUUGUGGAGGAAAUGGGGAAAGUUGACAGAGGCCCCCGUUUGCCCCCCAAAAAAGGGCUUACGGUUCUGAUGGUGUUGCCGACUUGCUCUCAGCGUUGGAAGAACAGGGACCCAGACAUGGAGCUGCGGGAAGAGGCCUGGUCUCCGGGGCCGCUGGAUUCCGAGGACCAGCAGAUGGCCAGUCACGAGAACCCAGGUCCUCAAGCAGGUGCGGGCUCUUUAAGAGCAAACACGAAACCACAGCUACAAAGUGCUUACUUCACCCAGCGAAACACCCAGUCUGAGUCACAACCCCAGUUUUCUCCAAACUUCUGCCGUGGAUGGACAUCCUCAUCAUGGAUGACGAUGACGUCCCCAGCUGGCCCCCGACCAAGCUGUCCCCGCCCCAGUCCGCGCCCCCGGCCGGCCCCCCGCCCCGGCCGCGGCCGCCUGCGCCCUACAUCUGUAACGAGUGCGGCAAGAGCUUCAGCCACUGGUCCAAGCUGACGCGGCACCAGCGCACGCACACGGGCGAGCGGCCCAACGCCUGCGCCGACUGCGGCAAGACCUUCUCGCAGAGCUCGCACCUGGUGCAGCACCGGCGCAUCCACACGGGCGAGAAGCCGUACGCCUGCUCCGAGUGCGGCAAGCGCUUCAGCUGGAGCUCCAACCUCAUGCAGCACCAGCGCAUCCACACGGGCGAGAAGCCCUACGCCUGCCCCGACUGCGGCCGCAGCUUCACGCAGAGCAAGAGCCUGGCCAAGCACCGGCGCUCGCACAGCGGCCUCAAGCCCUUCGUGUGCCCGCGCUGCGGCCGCGGCUUCAGCCAGCCCAAGAGCCUGGCGCGCCACCUGCGGCUGCACCCCGAGCUGUCGGGCCCGGGCGUGGCGGCCAAGGUGCUGGCGGCCAGCGUGCGCCGGGCCAAGGCGCCCGAGGAGGCGGCGGCGGCGGACGGCGAGAUCGCCAUCCCGGUGGGCGACGGCGAGGGCAUCAUCGUGGUGGGCGCGCCGGGCGAGGGGGCCGCGGCGGCCGCAGCCAUGGCGGGCGCGGGGGCCAAGGCGCCGGGGCCCCGCUCGCGGCGCGCCCCGGCCCCCAAGCCGUAUGUGUGCGUGGAGUGCGGGAAGGGCUUCGGGCACGGGGCGGGGCUCCUGGCCCACCAGCGCGCCCAGCACGGGGACGGGCUCGGGGCGGCGGGGGGCGAGGAGCCCGCGCACAUCUGCGUGGAGUGCGGCGAGGGCUUCGUGCAGGGCGCAGCGCUGCGCAGACACAAGAAGGUGCACGCCGUGGGCGCGCCGUCGGUCUGCAGCCGCUGCGGACAGAGCUACUACCGGGCGGGCGGGGAGGACGACGACGACGACGACGAGGCUGCCGGCGGGCGCUGCAGCGAGUGCCGCGGCGGGGAGGGCCGGUAGGGGCGGAGGCCCGGGGGGGCAGGGCCCCUCGGGCUUGGCGGGGACGCUGGCGCUGGACCCGGAGACCAGAGAGAGGCGGACAGAGGGGCGCCACCAGCGGCGGGUCUCCUCUCCCCCUUCCCCGCCCCCGCGGUCGGCGUGGAGCCAGGGGCGGCCCGGGGUGCUAGGGCCCUCCCGCCCCCGCCCUGCCCCCUGACCCGGCCUGGCCUGCCCUUCUGGUUCUCUGCGAGCCCGGGAGGGACCGUGCGUGAGAACUGGAGACCCAGGGACGCCGGAGCCCGCCCCUGGACGACCGGCGCCCCGCCCCUCUUUCCCUUGCCCUGCCGCCCCCGGGGCUUGCGAGGAGCCUUCCGGGUCAGAAGGGCCAUGCGGGGGGGGGGAAGGGAAAGAGGGUCCUUUUCCCUUUAGAGUUUUCUUUUAAUCACACCCGCCUCCUGACUGCACCCUGCCGUUAUUUUGUCUCUGCCCUGCGGGUCCUGUUGUUUUUUUGGCCCCCGUCCUUCCUCUCCUCCCCGGGGUUGGGCCGGGAGGAGUGCUGGAGCGGGACUAGCCCCUGGUCCCCGCGUCCCCGCGGAGCUGGGGUCCGGUCUGUUCCCUGGCCUGGACACGGCGGCAGGAGGGUGCGGGGCAAUAAAUGGCACUAUCCGAUUGUC